AAAUCGGAGCCAUUACUUCACAAAAGUGGAAAAUGGGAUGACUAAUUGUUAACUAAACAUGGGAAUGAGGAUGAAGCCCUUAACGUCCCUUCAAGGCUUAUUAUUCUCCUCUCCAUUACCAUGUCUCUCUUCCACUAAUCACCAUUUUUUCCCCUAACAUUUUUUUCAUUUUUUUGACACAUUUUAGAAAAAAAUGAGCAAUUCCCCAUUGGCAACAGGCACCAUCACGACUUGUCGAAGACCGAUAGAUUCUGUCGAAUACGCGGAGGAAAAUGGUAACGGGAAAGUUAAUAUAGGACAUCACAAGCAUCGAAAAAUAUCGUCGUCGGUUAAUGCGUUAAUGAGACCAGGAAGAUAUCUAAGCCGUUGGAUUUUUGGUGCAUUAAUCUUACUUAUGAUUUCCACCAUGUUUGUGAAGAUUAUUCUCAUACAUUUAUUUCUUAGAGUUAAUGCCACCAUCACUUCCCAUCAUGAUUUCUUACAACUUCCACGUCAUGUCAUGCAUGCACAGAAUAGUGAAAUUUGGGCAAACCUUGGAAGUGAUAAGUUUUAUAAAUGUAUCGAUCGAUCAAGUAUAAAGACAAAAGACAAAAGUAUGAGCAAUGGUUAUAUUUUAGUUCAUGCAAAUGGAGGACUUAACCAAAUGAGAAGCGGGAUAAGCGAUAUGGUAGCAGUAGCAAAACUAAUGAAUGCAAGCUUGGUUCUUCCUAUGUUAGAUCACAAAUCCUUUUGGACAGAUCCUAGUGAAUUCAAAGAUAUCUUUGACUGGCAACAUUUCAGAAAAUCUUUGGAAGAUGAUAUUGAAGUAUUGGAGUCUCUUCCUCCAAGUGUUGCAAAUAUUAAACCUUUUGUCAAAGCACCUGUUUCUUGGUCAAAGGCCAGUUACUAUAGUAGAGAUAUUUUGAAGAUAUUGAAGAGACAGAGAGUACUAGAAUUCACUCACACUGAUUCGCGGCUAGCAAACAAUGGCAUCCCAGAUUCAAUCCAAAAACUCCGAUGCCAUGCCAUGUAUGAAGCCAUUCGUUUUACGGAGAAAAUUGAACAACUUGGAACAAAGUUAGUAAACAGACUCAAGGAAAAUGGUGAACCAUAUAUAGCUCUGCAUUUAAGAUAUGAGAAAGAUAUGCUGGCUUUCACAGGCUGCAAUCACAAUCUUACCGAAAAGGAAGCAGAGGAGCUUCGAAAAUUGAGGUACAAAACAAAGCAUUGGAAAGAGAAAAGGAUAAAUGGGACAGAAAGGAGGGUUCUAGGGCUAUGUCCUAUGACACCUCGAGAGGCUGCCAUUUUUCUGGAGGCGAUGGAAUAUCCAUCAAACACUAAAAUCUGCAUAGUCGCGGGAGAUACUUUUGGGAAAAAUGGUUUAAAGGCACUUCAAGAAAGGUAUCCAAAUGUAUAUUACCAUUACAAUUUGGCAACAGAAGAAGAGUUGAAACCUUUUAUGCAAAGGCAUAAUCAGCUUGCUGCAUUAGAUUAUAUUUUAGCUCUUCACGCUGACGUUUUCUUAUACACGUAUGAUGGGAAUAUGGCUAAAGCAGUCCGUGGUCAUCGCCUAUUCCAAGGCUUUUGGAAAACAAUCAAUCCUGAUAAGCAAAAUUUUGUGAGACUUAUCGAUGAAAUGGACAACAAGAAGCUAAGUUGGAAAGAAUUUGCAAGUCAAGUUAGGUUGUUACAUGUAAACAGAACAGGAGCACCAAAUGUUAGAGCUGUUGCGCAUUCACCUAAACAGGAGGAAAAUUUCUAUGCAAAUCCUUUCCCUGGUUGUAUUUGUCUCAGAUGAUUGCCACGACAUUCCUUAUAGGCUGGCUUCCAAUGGCUAAAUUCUCACUUCUCAUCCGCCGCACAGAGCCAAAUGCACUAUGGGUUCACAUGUAUACGAGUAUCGAUAUUGAGUUGAACCAUACAAUGUAAGGUCCAUCUGUCUGAUCGUUUGUAUAUAAAUCAACAUGACUGAUGCUUACACAAAUCAAGUUUACAUUUCAGCAUAUACUUUUGGUUGAUCUUUUACGUAAAUAAAACAUGAAAUAAUAUAAACUUGAAA